CUGUACAGUAGUUUGCUUGUUUAAGGGUUGAAAAGGUCACUUCUAAUGCAGAAUAUAAUGGACACUUGAUGUUGCCUUGUAGAUAGGGGAAUGGGCUAAUAUCUUUUGAAGCUGCAAAGUCAGGCUCACAAAUCUUCCCUCGGGCGCUAAUAGCAGACCCACAUUACCGGUGACACUGCCUGAGGAAGCCACUGUGCAGAGAGCUGUUAUAGCAGGUGAUCGCCCUUAUUUGGUAACGGCCCAGAUCAUGUGACCACAAAAUGGUGGAGGCUGUGAGCUGUUUGUAAGCUGAGCAUCUCCACCGAGAGGCUGGGAAAAAAAGGAAAUAGGCAGGGAACUUGGAAGUACAUCCAUGCUCUGAGAAGCAAAAGGACAGAGAAUCCCGAGCCCCACCAGUGGUCCUCUUGGGGAUGGACCCGGCAUCAGAGAGCAAAAUGAACUCUGAGGGGGGCGAAGGCAGACCAGUCCCUCCUACCUCUCUUCCCCUGCAAGGAGGUCCGAGCCAAAGAAAGAAGCUCUCUGCCCCUCGAAUCAGCCUGUCACUGGACCAGAGCGAGGAUGACUUGGGGGAGACGCCAGAUGAUCUUGACAUUAAUGUUGAUGACCUGGACACUCCUGAUGAGGGGGAUUACCUCGACUACACGGACCAUGAAAUGGACUGGGAAGACCCCAAUCCAGCCAAUAGGAGCGGAACAAGUGAGCCUUACAAUCCAAUCCCGACAUACAGUGCUGAGGAGGAGCGCCAGGACGGCAAACUAUGGAGGACAGUCAUCAUCGGGGAGCAGGAGCACCGCAUCAACAUGAAGAUCAUCGAGCCCUACAUGAGAGUCAUCUCCCAUGGAGGCUACUAUGGCAGCGGAGUGAAUGCCAUCAUAGUGUUUGCUGCCUGUUUCCUGCCAGACAGUGACAGCGAGGACUACCAUGAAAUAAUGGAGAACCUUUUCCUCUAUGUGAUCAGUACACUGGAGCUGAUGGUGGCAGAGGACUACAUGAUCGUGUACCUGAACGGAGCCACACCCCACAGAAGAAUGCCUGGCCUUGGUUGGCUGAAGAAAUGCUAUCAGAUGAUUGACAGAAGGCUCAGGAAGAAUUUGAAAUCCUUCAUCAUUCUCCAUCCAUCAUGGUUUAUCAGGACUGUUCUAGCCAUUACCAAGCCCUUCAUCAGCACCAAGUUCAGCAGUAAGAUAAAGUAUGUGAGCAGUUUGGACGAACUGCACAAAUCCAUCCCCAUGGACUGCAUCCAGAUCCCAGAGUGCAUCAUUAGACUUGACAAGGAACUGAAGGAAGCAGCAGAGAACUCAAAAAGGAAUAGUUUUUUGCUGGGACUGGAGCCAACAGCAGCAGCAGGCAGAACAGAACCAGAUGCAGCCGGUGCCAGCAGCUCUUAAACGCAAACAUCCCAAAUGGAUGGGUUAUCUCAAUGUUCUGAAGUCACUGUUGUAUUGUACGGGUGAAGCUGGAAAACGAAGUCAUAGGCUUGUUAAGCUAGUGUGUUUGUGUGUGUGUGUGUGUGUGUGUGUGUGUGUGUGUGUGUGUGUAUGUGUGUGUGUGUGUCUGUGUGUGUGUCUGUCAGUGUUUGUUAAUUAGACACUGGAGUUUACUAUGAAAACAAAACUUGCAAUAGUUCCUGUUAAAACUAGAGUCAGAUCUCAUUCUUUACGGCUGCUGUAGCAUCUACUGUACCUUAACACUGGCAAUCCAGAGAACUAUAUAGUUAAGUGUGAUGCUUGGCAGCACCUACAGAGUAGCAUCGUUGUUCACAGUAGGGAGUAGCAAAUUCAAUUACACACCAGAGGUACACUGCACAAAUCCAUUUGUAGAGUCCAUAGUGUUGUAGUUGUGUGCACGAGAAGCAGUGAAGCAAUAAUAUCACCUUUUACUGGUCACACACUCAGUAUUUCAGAUUAAGAGGCAACUUGUGUGUCAGCAAUCUCCAAUAAAAGCACAUUGUGUGCACAAAAAAACCUUGUGCCAUAGAUGACCAACUACUGCAUUUAAGCAAUCCACUCCUCUGUGAAAUUGUUGUUUUAAAACUGGGGGGGGGGAUCUACAAAUAGCAAUUUAACUUUACAGACUCUAUCUGAAACCUAGGAUAAGAAUAAGUUAAAUAUGAAACCAAGUCAUCAGUGCAGUGUCAGACCGUGUGUGUGUUUUCAAUCACAUGUCAGACACAUAAACUGGGAAUCAGCCCUUCAGCUUCUCUUGGGUCAUUAGGAAUAAACAUCAGUAAAUUAAAGAUGGGAUUUCUGUAAAGCACAAUAUCUUGUGUGUCCACACGCAUGUGUGUGUUUGUGCAUCAGUGCAUGUCCCCUCAUAGAUUGUCCUCUUACCCAUGAGUCUCCAGUGGUGUAUUGAGGAUUUGCAAAGAAAUUAUGGAUCACUGUCUAGUAAUUCAAAUAAAUGGAUUGAA